AGACUUUCUACUUUCUACACAUAAGAUAAGCACGAAGACCACCUAUCAAGUCAGCGCCCACAUUGUUGCUAGCAGGAGCCAGAACUGCAUCAUCGGUCGAUAUGCUGUACUACGUCCGGGGGGGGGGGCUGUCAGCAGCUGCCUGCCUGCUGCAGUGUCUUUGUUCGCCCCGCCAGCCACAGCCGCCAUUCUAAAAGUUGCUUGCCUCAUUAUGGACGAGAAGGAGCCGCACCCAUCACGCGAGCACUUGCCCGGCCCAGCCCUUUUUCUUUGCCCGUAUCCCGGCCCUGAGAGCCUCGAAUGGCGUUCGGCGAUCCUUCCUAUUUCCCACCCCGAGGAAGCAGAAAAUGGAGAGAUGAGGACGAGCCCACGGUUUCCUCUCAACGUCUCAUUGCCGGUCGAUUCCCGGUCCCCUGGGCCGUUACCCUAACCGACAAUCGACAGCUGCCCUUGUGUGCCCAAAAGUAAGCUUAGUUUCCCAAGCAAUGGCACCUCUGCUGCAGACCGCCCUGUUGUACGGUCUCCUCCGACGGGACGAUGAUACCGGCGUAGCAUCUUCGUGCGACGACACCCACGGUCCUUGCAUUGAGGUCGUCUGCGCCUGGCCCAUGUCAGGCCAAUAUGGUCUCGGCCAGCGGGUCUUAUACUACAUCCUCGUCGUCGUCUGUGUGAUUGCUCGGAAAGAGGAAUGGAUCAGAGCUGUCUGUCAAGCCGCUGCACUGCUUGUGCCGGCCCUCGCAGCCAUUCAUGGUAUCGUCUUGGCAUCAGUCCACGUUGAUGGUGCCACAGACCUGGAUAUCUACGGCGCCUUGCAGUUUUGCUCAAUUGGCAUCCUGGCAGCCCCGGUGACCGUGAAACUGUCGUCCACCUUCUUCUCCCACCCCGGACGGAACAUCAUCUUCCUCUGGACGGGCCUCAUUCUGUCGGGCCUGUUAAGCUUAGCCGUUGAGUUCUACCGCUCCAAUACCCACCCAUGCCCGACUGGUGGAACGAACCAAGUACCCGGUCUUGAUGGGUUCCCGUAUGGGGAUGAAGUAUGCGGCCUUGUCUGCUCCGAGACGAAGGGCCCGUUCUCCACGCUGAGGCAGGGUGCUACCAGCGAGAUCUACGUUGUUCCCAAACCAGCGACGCUGCCCUUCGGCAUGGCCAUGUUCCUCGCUGCGGCUGAGUGCGUCCCCGCCAUUCUCUCCUUGGUUUCCAUGUGGAACAAGAUAUUGGACAUCAACUGGAAAGCACGCCGAGGGCGCGCUGCUCUGGAGAGAGAGAAGUCGGAGGACCGGCGGAUCAUUCCGGGGACAAAUGGUGCCACCUUCAAGGGCAUGAAAGACGUCAACCAGGCCAUCCGGUCUCUAUUGAGUGCAGUUGAGGUCCCGGUGUUUGGAUGUGCUUGGCUAGCUGUGCUCAUUGUCGGCGAGAUCAACUUCCGGAGCCCCCAGCUCACGUACCAUACUGAGCCAAUAAGCACUGUCGGGCAAUGGUCAACGAUCCUUGGAACCGGAAUGGCAGGUCUCGGUUCGCUCUAUGUCUGGCUUGCAGACAGCGAGGGCGAGCUCGCUAACCUCGGUCCCACGACUCAUUGCAACUGCCCGCACUGCCACGGCUCUGGGCAGUCUCAAAGGACGCUUGACGACGCCCCAAGCCCACGAGCCAGCACGAGCCAUCAGGAGCACCAGGAGAGCUUCCCUGGGCCAGAAGGCAGGCUUUCUGUGGUGGAAUCAAUAGUCCAACGGGACCCGCGGCGAAAGAUCGCCAACGCCCUGGGGAAAAUAGGCAAUUACUUCGGCAACCCAGCAAAAGACCCCUUCGGGCUGGCGACUUCAAGACCGGCGCGUGGCCCCAAAUACCAGGAGAAGUCUAUCGUAACCACCUUAUGGCCGAGCACGAAGAUCGCUUCAGCAUGGGGGAAGGGCGGAGCAGUCCGAGGGAUUCCCAAGAAGGUAGUGAUGGCGGCUCGGUGGCUCCAACGCCGGGUUCGCCCACGUCGCCCACAUCGCCAGUACAAGUGACCUUCUCGCCCCGUGGGAGGAGUCAGAGACCACAUGCGAACUCGGUUCCGUCACGGAGUCCCUCUCGACAUCUGUCUUUUGACCAACCGAGACCAGCCGAGGGUACAGCAGACGGCUCAAGGGGCCGCUCACCGAUGCGUCGUGCAACACUUGAGGUGCCACCGUCGGCUCAUCAUCGAUUCUAGAUAGCCAUAAUUGUCUUUAUAGAGAUGUUUAAAGAUGACUCGGGCAGUUUGAACCUGCAUUCAUUGUGGUUGCAUUUCCUUACAACAUAGAUGUGGGACCUGUUGGUUGCGUUUGAACCCUGUCGAGUCACAUCGGCUGAUUGGCGGUGUCCUUGUAUGCCUUCAUUUGGGCAGAUUUCAAGCUCAUGUUCAGUAGAUUUUAACGUUUCAUCAUGGGGUUAUUUGGUCUCUGUACAGCUAUUACGACGGCAGCUGUUGCAAAUUCUCCGGUGGCUGGUGAUUCUUUCCAAGACUGGGCUUCAUUACACUGUGCCGCAGUCCACGCCUCGGCCCAACACCAACAACAGGCCCAGGCCUGCCCUUAGCCGCCCGCGUUUCCAAUUUUAGCAAUCAUUUCACAGAGCGUACCAACAACAUGUUGGUCUCAAAGGGUGGCCAUGCCCCAUGCACCCGCGUCCACCUUAUAUCUCUUAGGUCGCAC